UGGGGGUGUGGUUUACGUUGACAGAAGCGAGCCGGUUCUGUAGACCUGUACAUUUGGACUCUGAGGGCAGGCUGGUGCCCUACCUCAGCCCCACUCCCCGUGUCCAUCCCCCACCCUCUCUCCCCACCCCCUGCCCUGGCUCCCCCCCUCGGGAAUGGGACGGUGCUGAGAGAGAGAGAGAGAGAGUGAGCCUUGUGCCAGAACGUCACUUGGGAGUGAGCAGGAACUUGUCGGGUCGGUCUCUCCCUCCUUCCCUCUCUCUCUCUCUCCCUUUGAUGUCCUUGCCCUCCCACCCGGCUCUCUGUCCCCUGCUGGUUUCCCCGGACGCCACGUUCCGGUCGAAGUUCCCUCCCUGGCUCUCCCGCUGCCCCACACCAGGAUGUGUUCCCUCUACACCCAGCUGGUCAGCAGACUCCCCGCCCUCUCGCUCCGCUGUCUGACGGACCCCUGGCGAUGUCGCUUACCCACGACCGUUCCCAGGCGCUGGGCCCACUCGCUGCCCCUGGUGAACGGGGAUGUGUCCCUUCUGCCCCCGGCCGCCCGGGAGUUCGUCGAGACCAGCGCCCGGCUGUGCCAACCCAGCCACAUCUACCUCUGCACGGGCGCUGAGGCAGAGCGAGCGGCCAUCCUCUCGCAGCUGGCACGGGAUGGAAUCCUACACCCACUGCCCAAGUACCACAACUGCUGGCUGGCACGGACUGACCCCAGGGACGUUGCCCGUGUGGAGAGUCGGACUGUGAUCGUGACAGAGAACCAAAGGGACACCGUCCCCACGCCCAGUGACGGGUCUCCGAGUCAACUCGGGAACUGGAUGUCCCAACCGGAAUUCGACCAGGCAGUCAGCCAGAGAUUCCCGGGAUGUAUGACAGGCCGUCCCAUGUACGUGAUCCCGUUCAGUAUGGGGCCGGUGGGGUCACCCCUGUCCAGGAUUGGGAUCCAGCUUACAGACUCAGCCUAUGUGGUAGCCAGUAUGUACAUCAUGACGCGGGUGGGCACCGCGGUGCUGGAGGCGCUGGGCACGGGAGAGUUCGUCAAGUGCCUGCACUCCGUUGGAUACCCGCUGUCGACAGAGGCUGCCCCUGGACCCCUCUGGCCGUGUAACCCCGAGAAGACUCUGAUUGGUCACCUCCCUGACCGCCGGGAGAUCGUUUCUUUCGGCAGCGGCUAUGGCGGUAAUUCCCUUCUGGGCAAAAAGUGUUUCGCUUUGAGGAUCGCCUCGCGCAUCGCCAAGGACGAAGGCUGGCUGGCAGAGCACAUGUUGAUUCUGGGUGUCACCAAUCCCGCAGGCCGGAAGAAAUACAUCGCCGCGGCAUUCCCGAGUGCCUGCGGGAAGACCAACAUGGCCAUGAUGAAGCCCACGCUGCCGGGCUGGAAGGUCGAGUGUGUGGGGGAUGAUAUUGCCUGGAUGAGAUUCGACAGUGAGGGGCGACUGCGUGCCAUCAACCCAGAGAACGGCUUCUUUGGCGUAGCGCCAGGCACCUCCGUGAAAACCAACCCCAACGCCAUGGAGACCAUCUCCAGGAACACGGUGUUCACCAACGUUGGCGCCACCAGUGACGGCGGGGUUUACUGGGAGGGCAUUGACCAGCCCCUGCCGCCCGGGGUCAGUGUCACCUCCUGGACUGGGAAGCCCUGGAAACCAGGUGACGCAGAGCCCUGUGCCCACCCCAACUCACGGUUCUGCGCCCCGGCCAGCCAGUGUCCCAUCAUGGACGAGAACUGGGAGUCACCCGAGGGAGUACCCAUCGAUGCCAUCAUCUUCGGGGGCAGGAGGCCUGAAGGCGUCCCCUUGGUCUAUGAGGCCUUCAACUGGGCUCAUGGAGUGUUUAUUGGGUCUGCCAUGCGGUCAGAGUCUACAGCAGCAGCCGAACACAAAGGGAAGAGCAUCAUGCACGACCCGUUCGCCAUGCGGCCCUUCCUGGGCUACAACUUUGGCGAGUACCUGCGGCACUGGCUGGCGAUGGGCGAGCGGGCGGGCGCCCUGCUGCCCCGCGUCUUCCACGUCAACUGGUUCCGGCGGGGAGAGGACGGCGCCUACCUGUGGCCGGGCUUCGGGGAGAACUGCCGGGUGCUGGACUGGAUCUGCCGCAGGGUGGACGGGGAGGCCGGCAACGCGGCCGAGACGGCGGUGGGCUACGUGCCCUCCGCCGGGGCCCUGGACCUGAGCGGCCUGGCCCCGGGCCUGGACU